AUGAACGUGCUCAAGUUACAGAAAAAAUACGCUGGGACAUUCGACCAGCUGGAAUUAUUUGCCAUCAUCGAUGAAUUCAGAGACUUGGAUGUCGAUGAAAAGGGGGUGGAGAAGAAGGACGUGAUCAACCAUGUGUCGAAGAAGGGCAACUAUCUGUACGAUCAGUGUCGUGAAACUCUCAAACAAGUUGACGUCGACGCUCUGGGAAGAGUUGAACUUGAUGACUACGUUGAUUUGAUCGCUAAGCUCAAAUCAUCGUCGUUGGAUAUUCCCGAGAAUCCUCAAUUGCCUAGCUCGCCUGGCCGUGUUAACAAGCCCGCUCCUCCUAUUCCUACCGCCGCCUCGAAUAAGAACAAGGUGUACUUGGGAGGCAAGUCGAGUGGUACCACUCACUCCAUCAAUGAUGAAGAGCGCAUUGAAUUCACUCGUCACAUCAACCUGGUGCUUGCUGGUGAUGAUUUGGUGGGUUCUCGUUUGCCGUUCGAUGUUGAAACCUUCCAGAUUUUCGAUGAAUGUCGUGACGGUUUGGUACUUUCACAAUUGAUCAACGAUUCGGUGCCUGACACCAUUGAUACUCGUGUACUCAACACUCCCAAAGCUGGUAAGCAAUUGAACAACUUCCAGAUGUCAGAAAACGCUAACAUUGUCAUCAACUCGGCCAAGGCUAUUGGCUGCGUGGUUGUGAAUGUUCACUCUGAUGACAUUAUCGACGGGAAGGAACAUUUGAUCUUGGGUAUCAUUUGGCAGAUCAUUCGUCGUGGUCUUUUGUCUAAGGUUGACAUUAAGCACCACCCUGAAUUGUACCGGUUGUUGGAAGACGAUGAGACGCUUGAACAAUUCUUAAGAUUGCCUCCUGAACAAAUUUUGCUCAGAUGGUUCAACUACCAUCUCAAGAACGCUGGUUCCCAGCGGAGAGUUGCUAACUUCAGUCGUGACAUCUCUGAUGGGGAAGCCUACACUGUGUUGUUGCACCAAUUGGUCCCCGAUAAGUGCGACACCCGGGCAUUGCAAGUCCAGGAUGUUAACCAACGGGCUGAAAUUGUUCUCGAGAACGCCGACAAGAUUGGAUGCCGGAAGUAUUUGACGCCCAAGUCUCUUGUCGCUGGUAACCCCAAGCUUAAUUUGGCUUUCGUUGCCAACUUGUUCAACACUUGGCCCGGUCUUGACCCCAUUGAAGAGCACGAACAGAUUGAAAUCGAAGACUUUGAUGCUGAAGGCGAACGUGAAGCUCGUGUGUUUACUCUUUGGCUUAAUUCGUUGGAUGUUGACCCCACCGUUGUCUCAUUGUUUGAAGACUUGAAGGAUGGGUUGAUUUUGUUGCAAGCCUUCGAAAAGGUGAUGCCUGGCACUGUGUCGUUCAAGCACGUUAACAAGAAGGGUCCCAACGGUGAAGUGUCGCGCUUCAAGGCCCUCGAAAACACCAACUACGCCGUUGAAAUUGGUAAGGCUAACAACUUCUCCCUUGUAGGUAUUGAAGGCCUGGAUAUCGUCGAUGGUAACAAGUUGCUCACUUUGGCCUUGGUGUGGCAAUUGAUGCGCCGUAACAUUGUUAACACUUUGGCUCAAUUGAACCAUGGUGGUGGCAAGUUGUUGACCGAUGCCGAUAUGAUUUCGUGGGCUAACCAACAAGUUACCAAGGGUGGCAAGUCGCUGUCUGUGAGACUGUUCAAGGAUGAACUGAUUUCGACUGGUGUUUGGUUGUUGGACGUUCUCAAUGGUUUGAAGCCUGGCUACGUCGACUACGAUCUUGUUCAUCAAGGUCCCAACCUCACCGAUGACGAGAAGUAUGCCAAUGCCAAGUUGGCUAUUUCUAUUGCCAGAAAGAUUGGUGCGUUGAUCUGGUUGGUGCCUGAGGACAUUAACGAAGUUAGACUGAGAUUGGUGUUGUCGUUCAUUGGGUCGUUGAUGGCUGUAAACCAAUGA